ACGAGUAGUACAGAGUCGAGUCACAGCCUAAGGUCACAGCUGUACGUAGUGUGCGACUGUUGAUGAGAUGCUGUCCCAGUUCUUCAUUAUUUCGUCACGAGGAGAUGUGCUUAUCAAUAAAGACUACCGAGGAGAUGGACUUCCCAAUGCAGCGGAGGUAUUCCUGGAGCGAUUGAAGCAGUGUAAAGGGGCUGAUCUAGCCCCAGCUGAGGAAUUGGAAGGGAGGUGUUUUGUGCACGUGAAACGCAAUGGUCUCUACUUUGUCUGCACAAGCAGGAGUGACCUUGCACCAUUUGCAACAAUCGAGUUGCUUUCAAGGGUGAGUAGCAUGGUAAAGGACUACUGUGGAGUGCUAACUGAUGAAGGCAUCAGGCGUAACUUUGCCCUGGUCUAUGAGCUGCUUGAGGAAGUCAUAGAUUAUGGCUAUGUCCAAACGACAUCCACCAAGUCCCUCAAGCCCUACAUUCGGAGUGAUGCUGAGGUGGUGAAAGCCGAUUCACUAGCUGACGUAGGGUUCCUCACAUUGGGUCCUGGCCUGUUUGGGGCAGAAUUCCGGUUUGCGCCAAGCCAUGCAGCGGAGAAGCCCAUACCUGUAUCACCAUCAUCUCAAGGUAGCUCCAGGAACGAAGUGUAUGUAGAUGUAAUUGAAAGAAUGACAGUUCUCAUGACUGCAAAUGGGUCGGUGAUCAGGAGUGAAGUGAAUGGAAGCCUCCAAAUGAAGACUUUCAUCGUCGGAAACCCAGAGCUAAAGCUUGGCCUCAGCGAAGACCUGGUACUGGGCAAGACGAGCGAGAUAGGAUAUGGAACAGCAGUACGACUCGACCAAGCCCAGUUCCAUCCCAGCGUUGACUUGGCAGACUUUGAACAUAAGAGGGCACUAACCAUUCACCCAUCAGAAGGGGAGUGUACCAUCAUGAGAUACAGCAUAACAGGGGAACUGCCUAGCCAGCUUCCAUUUCAUGUAUCAGCUGUCACAAUAGAGGUGGAAGAUAAACAAUGUCUUGAAGUCCAGCUUGAGGUUCAGUGUGACCUCCCAUCAUCUAGCCAUGCUGUUGAUGUGGACGUGCAUCUCCCUGUUCCCAAGGCAACCACAGAUGUGACUGCGAGUGUCUCUGCAGCUGGCCAAGCAGCCGAGUACAAACCUCAAGAGAAGAUCUUCACAUGGACCAUUAAGAAGUUUUAUGGAGCAUCCAAACUCAAAUCACGAAUCCGAAUUCAACUCUCCCAACUCCACCGAGCCACAGUCAUGGAGCUUGGCCCGGUCAGUCUUCAGUUUGAAAUCAAGAACUUUGUCAGUUCCCAUCUGGAGGUCAAAUACAUGAAGCUGUUUGACCGUCAGCAUUCCUACGUUCCUUUCCGGUGGGUCCGCUACGUCACGCUCAGUGAUUCCUACACAGUCCGGCUGAGGUGACAGUGGACAAUAAUUGAGAAAAACAACAUUGCCAGGAUGUAUACUGGAUGCAAUAGUACAUAUAUGUAUAGCUACCGAUCGUUGUGAUACUGAGCCAAUAUUGUCUUCAGGAUUCCAUUCCUCAAAUCAAAUGUAGUCGUCCAGAGCUCACAGAAAGUUUCAAGAUAGCAAAGAUGGAUCAAGUUAGUGCAGUUAUGAGCAAAUGCCAAGGAACACUGUGAUGAUGGCCACAUGUGGAUUGAAAUUUUAAACGUUGGGCACAGCGAUCUCAUGAGGUCGCAUGAGGCAUUUUUUUACCAUUUAGCUGGAGACCACAUCUUUCCUUGGUUAUUUGGGUUCUUUUGGGGGUGGGGACUGAGUGAAUUUUUGAUGGGGGAUGUGCCCUCCCAGUAGUGGUGUACCCAGCUGAGAGAAGGUGGCAAGCUCUGGCAGGUUUGUUUCAUCGGAACUGAAAGCGCUGUAAUUUUAGAAACAAUACUACCUUCCAUGGGGGACUCUGAAGGGUGGUGAGUGAUCUAUUACGGAUGAAAAAGCUGGACAGUCACAGUUGGACAAAAUCUCCCCCCCCAGCCCAAGACCUGGUUUUUGCCAUUGUAUAACAGCCUCCAUAAACUGUUAUUGAUAAAUUAUGUACAGUGCUUGCAUUUUCUGGGCUUAUUAUUGAUGUAAUCAUGCUUAGAUGUCAACAUAGUUGAGCUUUGGAUUUAACAUAGCCAUUGACAACACUGCGCGUUGGUGCAGUAUAAUUCAGGUGGAACAGAAUAUUGCCCGAGGGCACGGACAAUUUCUGAGUUUGCUGAGUAGUCCGUUCACAGUGAGCAAUUUCCGCAUGUGGAUGCUAAGGUGUGGUCCAGAUGCAGUGAACUGCCGUGCCAAACCUAAAUAAUUUGAAUUAAACACAAAAUUGAGCAAGGCAUUAGCAGCAAUGUCUUGACCGUUAACUUGUCGCAGCAGUACCCUUUGGCCCCAUGGGGUUUGCCACACUACAUAGACAGGUAUUACCGUUCUGAAUGGUAGUGGCACAGUAUUGUUCUAACCGCUGUGGCAAAUAUAAUGGCAUUCGAAAUCCACCUGUGAUGCACACAUGCCGAGUCCCUUUGUACAAUGGCCAUAAUGUAGUAUUUGGGCACUAGAUAAACAUCAAAUUUACCUAGCAGCUGUUGGAGACAAAACAAAUAACCGAAUAGCUAUGGAAAUACAGAGAGUGUACACGUAUAUGCAUGCCACGCUGAACAACAGGUGUUAGCUAGCAAAAAAUGCACAUCAUAAAUAAACGUUGAUGAGUUUACCAAUA